ACAACAACAAAUAUUGAAAGUUAUUGGUGAAAAUUUUGCAUUAUUCGACGCUCCAAGAAAGAAAACGAGAUAUUCCUCACUAAUUCUGUUACAAAAUAAGAUGUUGUCAUCUGUUAUAAAGGAACACCAAGCGAGGCAAGCUGCUAAAAGGGUCACGCAAGAACAAAAACGUAAGGAAUGUAUUGUAGCUGCCAAUGAUCUUACUCAAGCUUUGGUUGAUCACUUGAAUGUUGGUGUUGCCCAAGCAUACCUAAACCAAAAGAAAUUAGAUGCCGAAGCCAAAUUACUCCACCAAGGAGCCAUCAAUUUUGCCAAACAAACUCAGCAAUGGCUGGCCCUUGUAGAAAACUUCAGCAGCUCCUUAAAAGAAAUUGGUGACGUUGAAAACUGGGCCCGGAGUAUAGAGAACGAUAUGAAAAUAGUCAAUGAUACUUUAGGACGAGCCUAUGAAAUGGCACAAGAAAAGCCUGUGAACAGUGCUAACAGUAAUAAUCAGCAAUAA